AUGCAGGUACAGGAAGAUGAAGACAAUUUCAUCCCUUCUGCCAAAUGCUCCAGAGUGGUCCGCCGAUCUCCACCCCGCAGCUUGCCUCAGAAGAGCCUCAGAAUGCCACCCCAGCAGUAUGGAGACAUCUUCUGGGAAAACCUUAGUCAAAGGCCCAGCCUCAUCUGGGCGGAGGAACAGUACAUUCCAUCCAUGCUGAGAGCCACUGGCUGCUCCCAGGCUGGCCAGUACCUUCCUGAGGGGCUCCCACCCCCUGAGAUGCUUUGCAGAAGGAAGAAAAGGAAGCCACGUUUGGUGGGAGUACAGCGGGGACCUGGGGGCAUCCCAGCCCGGGUGAGGGCUGUCGCUUAUCACCUGGAGGAUCUAAGGAGGCGCCAGGGAAUGAUCGAUGAACUGAAGAAGGCCCAGUGGGGCACCUCUGGGGUGGCCUCUGAGACCCUGAUGCUUGGUGAAAAGGGCCCAGGAUUCCCCAAUGCCACUGAGUACCCUGAUCUGGAAGAGGAGAGGGCAGCUUAUCUACCGGAAGAGGACUAUUUCCUCCCUCCUGGCAGGGCCCAGCUGCUUUGGUCUCCCUGGAAUCCCCUGGGCCAGGAGUCUUGCCUUUCCAGGGGACAGGGCUUCCUGACCUCCUACAGCACUGUCACAGCCAAUGGGAGACCCCUUUACAGUCCCUGGGGGAUAGAAUUUGAGCCUGAGGAAUAA